UGAAGGAGGAGAGAAGAGGGCUGUAUUUGGAAAAGUCAGAGAAAAGCUGAGAGUGGCAGAAGAAAGUUGACCGUGUGAGAUGCGCUGCAGCCACAACAAGGAUUAACAAAAGAGCUUCUCCCUCAGACAGCAGGAGAGAGAGAGCAGAGGAGGAUGCGAGAGGAGCAGGGGGAAGGGGAGUCUCUGACAAAGCAUGCACAAUACUGCUGCCAGCCUCACCUGGUGGACGAGCUGCAUUUCUAUGUAUUCACAGCCGAGCCAGCAGAGAUCCACGGGAGGUAAACAAGUUUGACUCAACGCUGAUAUCCUCUCCUCUCACAAAAACACGUCCAGGAGAUACACAGCCUGUUCAAGUGUAGAGACACACAGCGGACACAUACCUUCUGCUCAUGCCCACGCUGAUCCAAAGCCAUCAGUGGAUCUCUGUGUCAGCAGGAUCUGUGGAUGCUUCAGACUGGAUCUCCACAUUUCUCCAGGACAGCUCCAGGGUUCUGACAUAAAGACCUCUCCAUCCUCAUCUGAGAAGUGGAUCGGGAGCUGUCCGACUCCUCACCUGUCCUGAAUGAAACCUUUUUAAGCUGGAUGGAGUACAUUAAAAUAUAUCCCCGAGGAGCACUGCUGCAAACCUAAAGCCAUAAAUCAACACAGAAGGACUUUGAUUUCUUCAUUAUUGCGUCCUGCUGAAACAACAGAGGAACAGGGGCGCUGGCAGGCAUGCUGACCUGCGGAUAUUCACCAUAGGAUUCUAUUUCUAGAGCCUCAUUGCUUUUACAGAUUAACUGCCCUCAAUUAUGGCCCCAAUCCGUUCAUUGUGCCACUAGUUUGACUGCCGCCGGAGGUUGUACAUAUUCAAGCCUCAUAACACCCCACUGUGCAUCAGAAUAGUCAUUUAAAGGCUGUUACCUUCAGUCAGUGUCAGAGUACAGACACCUGAAGAGGAGCAAAAGAGAAACAGAGUAGUUUUUGUUUUUCUCUUUAUGAUAUGGUAGAAGUAAUUUCCUAUUUUCAUACAGAACAGUUAAAGGGAAGGACUGGCAUUUUACACCUCCACUUUAAUACCGUGACUCUGUGCAUGGAUUAAUACAUCAUCUUUUUUGCAAGAGACACUUUCCAUGAAGGCAAAUCACACUGAAAUCCCAUUGCCAAAUGUUUUCAUUAGCCUGUCUUGGACUUAUCAAGGUCUUCCAUAACCAGAAUUGACAUUUCCAUAUUGUAUGAGAAAGAAAAUAGUUGACAUUAGCAUAUUCAUGAACACUGACGUGCUCACUCAAACAAAAUGGAAGACAUGGGGCAAUUCUUUAGCCAUCAAGCCUCAGAACAAAUAGCUUAUGACAUGUGAGGAAAAGAGGAUCUUAAAUCACCCCGUGCAACUUCAGCGCAACCCAUAGCACACAAACGAAGGCUUACACCGGCACAUUAAGGAUAUUCACCCAUAAACCUGGCAUGUGUUAUUGACCCCAGAACCAAAGACUAAGAUAAAAAAUUAAGAACAGGAUUAAAGAUGGAUUAUCACUGAAAACCAGCGAAGCAGCUGAGACUCUUCUGGGAGGUGCUCUGCAGACCAAUUUGUAGAUUACUUUGUGUUGUUGAUGCGGUGGUCUCUUGUGUGUUGGGUGUUAAAAGAUAGGGAUGGAUAAUCUAGAUGAGCUAGAGCACCCUCUUCUGGGGGAAACCCCCAAUGACAGCAGAGCAUCAGGGCCGGGGCUUGGGCCUGGGGCUGGACAAGCCCCCUGUGGGAUGUUUAAAGGCUUCUUGGUUAAGUGUGAAGAGGACAGGGCCUACCCCCCUCUAGCGUGGAGAGGCUAUUGUGGACAUCCUCCUGAGCUUCAGCAGCAGCAGCUACUGGAUCCUUGCUCAUUACCUCGCACACUAGAGUCCUAUUAUCCAUCGGCACCAAUCUGGGGGCACACAGACUCCCUGCUCAGCAAAGACUACCUGGAGACCACCUUUGUGGACAUCCGGCCCGGCUCCACACUGGAGAGGAAGCUGCUGGCUGAGACGCAGGACUUCCACAGCCUGACAUACAGCAUGGAUGAUGAGGACGACCUGCUUCCUGACUCUGACGACUCAUCCAUUGAUGACUUCAGUGAUACAGACAGCGAGAGCAACUUCCCUCUGAUGAUCCCUCAGGACUACCUGGGUCUGGCCUUUUUCUCCAUGCUCUGCUGCUUCUGGCCCCUGGGCAUCGCUGCCUUCUACCUAUCACAGAAGACCAACAAGGCGUCAGCUCAGGGGGAUUUUCAGGGGGCCAAUGCAGCGUCUCGUCAGGCUCUGUGGCUCUCAGUGCUCUCCAUCGUGUUUGGAAUCAUAACGUACAUCUGCGCCAUCGCCGCGUUGAUCUCCUACUUGUCUGGAAAACCACCAUAAAAGUGGCUCGUCCAGAGGGAUACCCUCACAAAAACAGACCUCUCACACAUAUCAUGAUACCAACACACCAACAUAUCACCUUUUCAUGUAAAUUAUUCACAGUCUGCGUCUGUCAACCCAAUCUGCUGUCAUGUUUUAUCUACACAAGUUUAAAAAGAACAGUGGACACAACAGGAGGGCUAUAGUACAGCUCGGCGGGCAUCCUCUCACACAUUUAGAUGAAUUAUUAACAAAUAAGUUAUGCAAUAUCACCUCAUAUAGGAUAUUCAGUGUGUAAAUGUGGUUCGUUUUGUCACCUGAUGACUCCAGUAACCUGCCAUCCUUUAAAUCUGUGCUGUAGUUUUCAUCACGUUACUGUUGUAAAAAAAAAAAUAAGACAACAAAUGCAGAUGUUAUCACAAUACUGUAUAUAUCACUAUCACACUAACAACGGAUGAGAAGCAGAAGAGGAAGAGAGAUAUGUGGCCCAGGGGAGCAAAGUGGAUGUGCAGAGUACGACGAUGGAGAGUGCAGAUUUAUGAGAAGGUCACAGCAAGGACGUAACAGCGGCUAAAGCCUGACGGACCUCGCUGAAGGGGGGCCUGAGCCAGCACUGUCGCUCAUGGGGUGAAAACUGGUGAUGGGUUUAGAGCCCAGGAGAUUUAUUUUUUAAAAUAUCAGGGACCAGGGGCUAUAGUGUCUCAGAGAAGUGAAAGAUUUCUUGUGGCUCCUUCGGUUGGAGUGAGAGAAUCUCAAGGAAACAGUGCACAUCAAUCAACAUCCUGAUUUCAUUUAGCAUCCUUGUUGUUUACCUGCAGAGAAGACUGAGUGUGCUUUCUUUAGGACACGUUUAUUGAUAUAUUUAUGUUUAAAAAAUGAAAUUACAAAUACAUAUAGUGCCAUUUUAUAAGGAAAUAAGUUAAGAGGUGGAGUUUUGGAGCUUGUGUUUAAAAUGCAAGGCUUGAUGAGAAAUGGCGGCUCUAGAUAUAGAAAUGAGAAGGGCUGCUUCUAUUCUAGAUACAGUGCUGGGAAAUGAUGACAUAGACAGAGGCGUACAGACCUGCAAUGAAAAGUGCCAAAAAUACAGAAGAAACUCUAAGGAUGAUCCUUUCAUGAGCUGUUCCAUUAAUAGAAGCAUCUCAGCUGCUACUUCACGCUCCCCAAAUAUAGAUCCCGCUAUUUUCUCCUCAAGAAAAGGACAAAUCCUGCAGGAACCUGCUACUUUGCAUUAUGACAAACCUGAAGCUGUAUCCAUAUCAUAUGUAAACACAAUAUCACUUCUUCAGAGGGGUAAGGGGUAAGAUAUGAUGCAAAAAAUAGUGUAACAAGAGAUCUAAUGCUCAGCCAUGUGAUGCAUGAGUCAGUAAAAUCUCCAUUUCAGUCACAGCUGAUAUGAGCAUGGCAAGUUUGUGGUUUGUCAUGCACAGACCUGCUUCGAGCUUGGCUUGAGUCACUCCCUUAACUUGGUCCUCAAGUGUUGCAAAAAAAAAAAUAGCUUUGUUAAAAGAAAAAAACUCUGGUUUGAGCUUAAAUGUGCCAUUAAAAACUGUGAAAGAGAGAUCUUCAAGUAAAUCUUUUGAAAGGACUGUAAGGUAACGUUGACGUUUUCUAUUUAGAUGUAUAGUUUUUAUAGAAUCCACAGCUGAACUCUAAUUUACUCAGAUCAAGUCCUCGGUUUUCUGCAAACUCAGUGUUGUAUCAAAAGUCAGCUGAUUAACAUUUUGAUCACUCUAAGUGGUAUUUGUAGACACACCUUUGUUAUCUCGGUGUCUGACCCUCUUCAGCUAUCACUGUUGAUGUCCUGUGAUGCAGCUGCACCGACCGAGUCCUCACACUGCAUCACCUCUGACAAUCCUGACCCAUCCUGUCUCCACUACCAGUUGUUUGUGUCAAUGAACAAAUGAGCCUUUGUUGUUACAGCAGAGUUACCACCAUUACUGGUUUAUAAGGGAGCAUUUGACGUGGAUUGCCUUGACUGAUCAUGAGACAGGCUCUGGUCAGAUUUGUCUCUCUCUGUAUCACUUAUACAGACAACAACAGGACGAGGUGAAGUGGACGAAUCUCACUGGAAGAUGAAGGUCAAAACGCUGUGGUAAAUUAGAUUAAUUCGUAUCAGAGGUACUCCGUUUUUCCCAGUCCACAUCCUUGUAUUACAUGUAAAUAUAAAUCUGAGAGAAAAUCCCAAUAAAUGCACUUGUUUGAGAUUCAGACCCUG